AUGGCAUUUACAGUUCUCAGGCGGGAUACCAUUCACACCCAGGAUCAAAACUACAGCAAGUUCUCCUGUUUCUGGGAGACAGAGCCCGUAGGCUGUAGGAGGAUAAGCUGUGACUUCUUUCACAGAAAACCCCGUAAUAUAAAUGGACUUUAUUUACCACCUAGUAACAAUGUGCCAUUGAAACAGGAUGUCCAAGGAGGCAUUCUGCAUCCAGCCCAUCAUCAGGACUCACUCAGAAAUCAAGAGAAUGUUUUAGUACCAAUUCACCCUCCACUGAUUAUAAACCUCAGUGAUGAGGAAGAUGAUGAGGAGGAGGAUGAAGAGGAGGAUGAUGAGGAAGACAACUAUGUUUCUAACUGGAUGCCUAAGACUGUUUUAGAUAUUGAAGAGGAAAGAGCAAUAAGGGAUAUAUGCUAUAAAUCUGGAGAGUAUUAUGAGAUUCCAAACCCUUACAAACACCAAUCAACAAAAACUGUUUCUUCCCUGUGGCAAGAUGAGUUAUUACCCUUGGAAACUACUGAACAAAACCUGCAGAAAGGUGAUGGUAACACCAUUCCUACAAGAUUUAAUAACACAAGAAAAGAAAAAGAGAGCUCAGAAAGGAGAGUAUCAAUAGAGAGUAUUCCCAGAAAAGAUCACAAAUCCUUUGACAAUGGAGGAGGUGGUGGCUCUGUGAUGCAGAGGAACAUAUUUGUUGAUGGGAACAGAUUUGAGGCACUACCUCGGGAAAGAGAACCAAUUACAUCAAAGUAUUCCAAUGUGAAAGAUACAAACCGCACUGAACAGGUAAAGAACCACCACUGUAAGGAAGUAAAGGAAAAUAAAAGGAUUUCUGAGGAGCGAAGAAAUUCAGCUAAUGCAGUAACUGGCAAAGGAAUUCGCACCCCGGACCCCAAAGUAAAACCAAGUUAUCAACAAAGGGGUCAAAGUAAGGAUGAUGAAACUGCUUCUCCGAGUCCAUAUGGGAGAGAAACUGGGAGAUACACUCAUUUAAGUUCUCCAGAACCUCGACGAUCAGCUUAUGUAGUCUACCGGACUGUCACUCAAAAACCAAAAUUCAAUGGAUCUACAGCAGUACCUGAGUCCUAUGGUCAGAAAGGCUCCAAACAAAAGAAUCAGCCUGACACCAAUAGGAGAUUUUGGACACAAACAGAAAACUAUGGCAAAUAUACUUCAGGAUCUUCUAAUUCACCAGCUUGGAGGAAAAGAAAUCCACAAGCAAAACCGAUCUCUAAAUUUAAAAUAACCACUCAGCAGAGUAAAGAAGACAUGGAAGUGAAUAAAAAAGGAGAAAAAGAAACAUCUAAAGGGAGAUAAGGAAAUUAUCAACUGGAAUGUCCAAAGAUGAAGGAACUGCAAAAUCCAAAAAGAAGGUGCAGGAAGGAAGCACACUGCAGUGUUUCAAAACUGGUUAAAAAUCCUUAAAAGUAUGCUCUGCAUGAUGACAUAUAAAGAUCUCUAUUCACUAAGUUUAAUCUACUAUAAAAAUUUGGCAGUUGAAGUUAUUUUUACAGACUACGGCUCUGACUGAUAGUUAAAGUUCAUAGAGAAAAAAUCCCUAACCAGAGUCUUCCCCUAUUUUAUUUGAUAGAUGUUUUAAGGCAUAAUUCCUAAUAUGAAUAAAUACUAUUAGUUACACUUAGCAGUUUCAGAGGACUUUUAAUCUAAACAGCAGUCAUAUAAUGCAUUCUAGAAUGUGGUUUGCUGGUACAAAAGCCAGAUUUCUAGAUGGUUUAGCUGUUUUGCCAGACAUUUGGGGAUUCAGUCUGAAUUUGACCUUGAGAUUUUGCAGUUCUAGUGGAGCAGCAGAACUGCUGUGUUAUGAACUAAACUUCACAAGAAAACUCAGAAUUACCUGAGAUAUGUAUUUACAUGCAUUUCAAACUAAAAUAUGAAGAGUUGUAUAAAGACAGAGAGGAAGACUCAUAAGAAGGAUUCUUUAAUAUUGCUUUCUGGAGAAACAAACCUUAUAUUGAAGUGUUACAUAUACAUGACUUCGUAUCUUUUUCUCAUGUUUUGUCAGUUUUUUGCAUUUACCUGACCUUUGGUCAUUCUUAGAACAUAAUCAGUUUUUGAAGAGAGCCCUUCAGACUUCUUUCUGUAAUACUAGGAUCCAGUCAUUAUCUCGAUGGCACCUGUAACUGUGGGAAUGAAAGCAUUUUCCCACAUUGGAGCCUUUUCUUCUGUGACUGCUUAUAACAUGAGGCUGGGAAGAUACCUUCCAGGGUACUUCUAGCUGAAAUGGUUCUAUUGUUCUAUGAGAAAUAUAGUCAUAUGUUUCUCUGCCCUACUUGAUUAUCUCAAUAGUGGUAUAAUUUUGAUUUUAUUUUGAAAUUUAAUUUUAAUCAUUUAAGUUAGAACAUGCUGUACUCAUUAUAGACAUAUAUGCAGUUAUGCAUCACUUUUCUGAGAGAAGAAUAGAAAAACCUAGAGGAUCUGGUUUACCUAAGUAAAAAUGUAAAAGCAAAGAAGCAUCUUUUUAAAAUCAAAGACUAGGUGUGUUGGAAAUGUUCCCUCCACCUCUAAUUAGAUAUUGGCAGUUCAAGUUGUAGCACAUGAUGCCUUGCAGCAACAUUUCACAUGUUGUCUGCCUGAGGCAAUUUAAAAUCUCAAUUCAGAAGGCUGUUGUAGCAAGUUAUUUUUUAAUAUCUUGAUAAAGGCUUUAAAUUCCCUUUUUGUUUUUCACAUAAAAGAAAUAUAAAAAUUACAUUUCCUAUUUGUCUAAUGUCUCCAUGAUUUAGAGUAUUGAAUUUGCUAAGACUAUAAAUGGUCAUGGGCAAAUGUUGUUAUGCUGGUCUGAUUUUAGCAUUCUGUUAAAAAGGAUUUCAAGAUUUAGUUUGUGCAAGUGGUUAAUAUUGUUACUUUAUGGAUGUGUAAGUGCAGGUUGUGCUGUGCUGCAUGUGCUGCCUGCUGGCUUGUGCCACACAGAUCCCUUAGCACAGGAGAAAAUCAGCAGCUCCUGCUUGGUACAGGUGAUUACACUCCCUCACCUUUAUUCAGCAGUGCAGCAAUUUCUCAGGGGGACAUCCUUUCUGUUUGACAGUAGAAAUAAGGAAUAGAGUUGGCUUCUUUGGGAAAAUCCCGCACAAGUUCCAGUGACCAAAAUGGGAUAAUUUCCUGUGGAUAGAAUCUGCAGGGUGUGCUAGGCUGGGGUCAGAGGCCCAUUUGAUUUGGGGCUCCCAGCAUCUGAAGGGUCAUAGGGUUAAUUCUACUAUCUUCCUUUUCUUUUAGUGUGGUCUCAAAAAAUCAGGAUCUUAAGAGGUCCUUUAUAGAAUCUGAGCAUCUUUCUGACUGGGAUCAUAAAGAACAAGGCACCUCCUGAUACAAUUUAACCCACCUCCCCACCCUGAAAAAGCAACAAACAAACCAAAGCCAAAAGAAAAUAAUUUCCCAGCAUCUUAAGAUACGAAAAUCCCAGCAGAUGGUUGGGCUAAGGGUCAGGCUCUUCUCAAGGGAAAAACAAGGAAAUGCAGGAAGAAAAGGAUGUGCCCUUGAGGAUAAUACUGGGCUGAUCCUCAAUUUUUGUGAAAUCACAGCUUCAGGACUAUUUUCACAGGAGCUUCCUCUAGAGAUUUUACAAAUACUGUUCUUUUAGGCAUCACUUGCACAACCCAAGAAUUCACAGAUACCAAAAAAUACCUCAGCAUUUACACUUUAAAUAUAUGGCUCAACAAGAUAUUUACAGAUCCUGUGAGGUGUUAGCUGCUGAGGUGUUAGCUGCUCUUGACAGAAAUCAGAGGAACAUUAAGGGAUCCAGUGCUUUGUGUGAGCAAAUUCUUAAUUAAGAUCUCCCUUUCACAACUUUGUUUUUUCCUAAGAUUCUCUAAGAUAAUAAAAAUAACUGUUCGUUUCCCAGAUCACACUUUCCCUGUUAUACUUUUUAAUCUUGCCUGUUUUUCACUGUCAAUAAAGCCCCAGAGAGGAGCUCAAGGAAACUGAGAGCAUUCAGCAUUUCAUGCAGUGAGGCCCUAAAGAUUGAUUGCAUUUCUGUACUUUCACAUAAUCACCGCAUGAUAGACCCCCUCACUGAUUUACACUUAGAGCAGUUGAAAAUAAGCUCUGAGAUAAUGAGUCAAAGAUCAGAGGCAGAGGGCCACUGAAGCAGAGUUGCACUUGCCUUGAUAUUAUGCUUGGCCAUAAUCUGCUGCUGAAUUGGAAGGCCCAGGGGAAAUAAGUGGUUUGUUGCUUUCACCCUAGACAUGUUAAAAUAUGCUAAUGUUUUUCCAGAUGGUACUUCUCAAAGCACAUCAGACAUCUAAUCUAGGUGAAUCAUAUUCCUCAAUAAAUAGAAUAACAGUGCUACCACCUGUAUUUCGACAAAAAUUUGCAAAGCUUCCAAUUUGAGAUCCUGCAUUCCUUAAAAAACCUGUAUGGCUACAUUAAUACUACUAACUCCCAGCAUCUCAGAAGCACUGAUAUUGUACAUAUUCUGUUUAUUAAUUAAGGUAGGAAAAGCCAUCUCAAGUUAGCACCUGAACAAGAAAGGCAUUGGUGGUUGUAAAAUAAAAAUGGAGUAAAAUGUCCCUGGGAAUUGUAGACAUUGUUUUAAAAGAAGGAUUUUUACAGUUUUCCCCU